AUGAAGAGAAAAUCCUCUGUGUCACACGAUGGGUCAUCGAAAAGGGUUAAAUUUGACAAUUCUGCAGGUCCAAGAAAGCGUUUAGUGGUUCUCGAUGGAAGCAACAUUGCGUUCUUCCACUCGAAUCACACAUAUUUCUCCGUGAGAGGCCUGGAAAUUGCCAUCGAGGAAAUCAUGAGAAUGGGACAUGAAGUAGUGGCAAUUGUGCCAGCUUUUCGCAUAAAACCAGGCAAAACCUCCGAUCAAAUGUUAUUACAAAGUUUGGUCAACAGAAAUCUCGUCAAAUUAGUCUGCUUGAACACUUUUGAACGAUGCUACGACGAUAGCUUUAUUCUGAAUGAAGCCAAAGACACCAAUGGCGUGGUCGUUUCCAACGACAACUAUCUUGGCGAAGCCCAAAGCAGUGCAGAAUUUCUGGAAAUCGUUGAAAAUCGUGUCAUCCCGUUCAUGUUUUUCAAGGACAAAUUCAUGCUUCCUCAAGAUCCGUACGGGGAAAAUGGACCUACACUUUCCUCACUUCUCAACAGGACUUCUUAGAGAGCA